UUAAAUAUGAGGGUAAAAGUAAACAAACAAUUUGUAAAUUUUUGGGUAGUUUCAACAUUUUUUGCUUUACCAAACAAAUACCAAACCGCUUGAAUCUGUCACUGAGCGAUCUGACUUUAAUCUACAUUAUUUGAUCAUGCAAUGUUUUCAUCCAUUCAUCAUAUUUCAAAAUAUUCUACUUUGCCUUUGAUACACAAAGCUUUGUUAAAAUUAUCAACAAUAUGCACAUAAAAAAAAUUUAAUAACACAUUUCUGUACCAGCCUGUACUUGAUUAUUGUCAACACAAAUCAACAUAACACUAGUAAAUCAGUAGAGAGCUAUAAAAAAGGGACAAUCUCAGCUCCAGCCCCACUGGCUUCACAUAAAAACCAGCAUUGACCAUGCUAGUCAUGCCAGCUCCUGCUGCAUUGCUGGCUGGCAUUUUGGCUUCACAUCUCUGUUUCUACUGUUUUGUUUGCCCUGUGUUUGCCAUGUGUUAUUUGCAUUGACGUGUUGUCUGAAUAAAUGAUUUCUAUUCUAUUCUAUACAUAAAUAAUAUAUAAGGUUAAAUUCAAAACUGUCAAAAGUCAAUUCUUGCUCCAAGUAUAGUUAUUCAAAUGGUGAGUUAUUUGUUUGUUUUAUUGGCUAUUGUCAGUGAUAAAACAAGAUACGUAAUCAGGGCUAUGCUAUAAUGUCCAGUAAGACUUUAUCAACAACAGAUUAUGACAUGGCUAUUGUGACUCACAGACAGAGAUUGAUAAAUAAUAGUGACUGCUAAUGGCCAUAAAAAGUAGUUCCCCAAGCAAUCAUCAACAUAUGUGCUAUUGCUGGGUAGUUGCACAAUUCUUGUACAAGAUGUACAUGGGUUGCCUCACAAUAAUUUCUUUUAUCUUCAAAGUUAUGAAAUGGUGACCUAUUUUAGGAACAUUAUUACUAACAAACCUGACAAGAGCGAGUCAGGCUCGUCCAUCGAGGUUUCCGUACAAAUUAACGUCAUUUUUUUUUUUAAUUUGUAGUUUUCAUAUUUUUUCCUGUACUUGUUGUGUAACACGAUAUUACUUAUCAAAUAUCAUAGGUAUAGGUCAAGGGAAGUACCCUUUUUGAUUCCCUCGCGACUGUCGAAAUAAACGAUUUUUGCGGCAUAUACAUAAUUUUUUACGUUAGGUAAGUUUUAAGUUUAAUUUUUACACAGCUUCUAGGGACUGUAGACCUGAGUAUAUUCAGACAAAGUGAUCUUAUAAGGGUUCCGUUUUUUCCUUUUGAGGCAUGGAACCCUAAAAAAUAUUUUUUGAUUUUUAUUUUGCAUCGAAGACAUAAGCACUAGCUAAUUUAGUCAUGCAAUUCAUGUAAUUUUAAUUCCAGAAAUUACGUGACAUUCCUAAGUUUUUCAGAAUGACUCAAAAGCUUGUCAGAGAUUUUUGUCUGUACAUUAGGAGUCUUUGUAAUUACCUAGUCCCUCAUCACUACAUACAGAGCUACAUAUCUUAAACUGCUAUGUCUAUGCUAAUAACCAGCACUCCCCCAGGGCACUAAUUGUGCCUAUUAGAAGCUUAACUCAUAUGUAGAUAUGUUUCCAAUGCAAACACUUCGACAUGUACAAACUGUGGAAAAUUGUCUCGACUAAAUACUGGUUAACACCAAAAAGAGCAGGUUAUGACUUAGGCCAUGCUAUAAACAUGGAGGUGAUCAAUAUAGAUGAGGGCCGCUAUGAGCAAAGAGACCUCUUACCAAGUAGCAGCGGUUCAAACAGUUCCAGCAUUACGGAAAGCAAUUACAGCAGUGAACAAUCAAGUGAUGACCUGGACAAGUCAGACGAAGAAGACUUAAGGGAAGACCUACAGAAAACCAUUAGAGAAUGCUACAAGUCUGAUUCAAACUUCACAUCACAAUCUAAAGACAUCACAAAUGACGAAGAGUUCCAAGCUACAGCGCUAUGUCAAUUUAUGGAUAUUUUGAAUGACUUAGAUGAAGUUUUAGACAAAUCUCUGCUUGCAUGUCUUGACGAUGGAGCUAAGAAUUAUGAUAGUGAUGAAGGAGACCUUAUUUGUAAGAUUAAAGAGUGCAUUGGGGAUGCUGGACAUUCCGACGAUGCACACUGUUCCAUUGAUGAUAAUGCUCAAGUAGUAACUGCAACUAUACCUCAUGAUGAAGUUCUUACUAACAUUCCUGAAAGACCUAUUCAUGCGCUCGGUCGCUCUAAAAGCUUUACAGAACUAUCUGGGAAUCAUAGAGAAAUCCCAUUAGAACGUGCAGGCACCACAAAUGACAAUUUAAGAAGUUCAAUGCGUCGUCUAGACCCAAUAGUACUGCCAGCUAUAUCGGCUGAAGAAUCUAAUGAACCCUUAACAUUACCUGUGAUCUUAUUUUUGGAGCAUCAUGUGAAUUUGAGGCCGACUAGUGCUCCAAUACAGUUACAAGUGACAGCCGCAAAUUUAAGCAGUGACGGGGCAUCAGGGCCAUUGAUAGUUGGUCGUAGGGCUUUGCUUAUGAACCGGGCUUUGAGUCUUCCAUCUCCGGGAGAUAGUGAUGUUACUGGGGACUGGACGGGGCGCAGCGCGAGGAGCAUAGCGAGGAGCUCGAGCUCGUCCAGUGACUCUAGUGAGAGCUUGACUGGGGUCACUGCUGCGGAACAAACUGCUAUUGGUCCCACUGAAGAGAGAAACGAAGAGACUGAAGAGCCGCCGUUCGGUGUGUGGCCACACCGUAUGAGCGCCAUGUUAGCUUGCCUAAGCUGUACCGUCGGCAUAUUCAAUAUUUCCCGCUUCGCCAUAUUCAGCGUACAUUUCGGAGCCAACUUCAUUAUACAGUUUCUUAUACUGUCACUUUUAAUUGGUAUACCACUAUUCACUCUGCACCUCUGCCUCGGCCAAGUCCUGGAGUCAGGCCCCGUAGACAUGUGGAGGAUAUCACCCAUUUUCCAAGGAGUCGGCGUCUCCAUGCUCAUAAUGCAGACAGUAACGGGCAUAUACAGUAUUAUAGGACUGUCAUGGAUUUUCGUGUACUUCAGAGACUCAUUUAUAACGUCGAAUGAUAAAUACAAGUGGGCGUUGCCGCAUGAGUUUAGUUUUGAAGAUUCCGGAGGAAAAAACGCAAGCUUCAAAAUACAAGACACACUACCGCAAUACUUCCACGGAGAGGUUUUACAAAAGAACCAAGGUUAUAGCGGUCUGGGGACGAUAAAGUUCCAAGUGGCGUUUAACCUGGCUGUGGUUUGGAUGAUCGUGUUCGUGGCGCUUAGCAAAGGACUGCGGUCUUAUGGCAAGGCAGUGUACAUGCUAAUAUUCCUACCAAUGUGCGGCACGCUGGUCCUCUGUACGAAGCUACUGACCCUCAUACCCUACGACUCUGUGACCAAUAUCUUCUCGGAGACGGACUGGAGUGAAUUCUUCAGAAACGGCCAUAGUUGGACAGCAGCCGCUCAAGAAACUUUCCUAACCUGGGGCCUCCUCGGCGCCUGCGUGAUGCAGCUAACCUCCCACAAGAACGCCAAGACCAAAAGCAGCAAGGUCCUACAGAAGGAGAGCGCGUGUAUAGUGGCCUUUACAUUCGCCGUGCUGCUGCUGGCCUCGUUCCUGGCCAACACGUGCGUGCAGAUACUGAAGAACUAUGGAUACGCGUAUAUACCGGGGAGCUAUGAAACCGUCGAGUCCACCCAAUUCCUCUGGCCCACCUCCGAACCCCUGCCCGGCAAGGUCGUGUCCUUACCCGUCCGCAACCGCGGACACUACGCCAGUCUGGUCGGAGUGACAGUAUGGAAGACGGACAACUCAGUGAAGCUGACGCUAAGUGGUUGGCAGCCAUUGCAGUUGGCCACGCAAAUUGUACCUGCGACUUUAGCUGUCUUACCGGCGAAUGUGCUUUCACCAGCCUGGGCGGUCAUCUUCUACUUCAUCCUCAUCAUGUUCGGAAUAGCGCAACAACUAGCCAUAUGGCACUGUGUGAUAACGGGCAUCAUGGCUAUCAACGCUUCAGCUUUAAAAGUUUGGGAGACAACCAUCACUUUCCUUAGCUGCGUGGUCGGACUUGGCGUUGGACUUGUGUUUACUACUGACGCGGGAGUCCGUCUAGUGCACUACAUGGACUACGUGUGGGUGGGGUCGUGGCUGGCGUGCGCCGUGCAGGUGGCGCUGACGGUGGGCGUGUUCGUGGUGCGCGGCCGGCCCUACGCCGCCGACACGGUGGUCGCCGCGCUGUACUCGGCGCGCACGACGACUGAAACUGCUCUGGCCACGUUACUGAGCUUCACUUGGACUGUGGCUUUGCCCGUUCUGCUUUGUGCUAUCAGUGUUAUGGAUUUCCGAUGUGGGCAGCAGCGGCAACUCUACAGCUGGAGGAAACCCGCAGGGUACUGGCCGGCGUGGGCGCGGCAGACGGCGGUGGCGCUGCAGCAGGGCGCGCUGCUGUGCGCGCCGGCCGCCGCCUUCGUGCAGACGUGGCGGUACAUGAGCAAGGGGCCGCCUGAUAUUUUAGACGAAUAUGAAGAGUAUAGGAGCGCAAAUAGUGAAUGUUUGGAGGAGUUGCGGAUCCAGAACCUGUACCGUCCGCCGCUGGGCGGCCCGGGCGCGGCGUCCCCCCCCCCCCCCCCGCCCCCCCCCCCCCCGGGGGGCGCGGCCCGCCCGCCCGCGCCGGCGCCCGACCCGCCGCCCAAGUACACGCCGCCGCCCUCCUACUCCACCGCCACUGGCGCCCGCCUGCUCAACACCAUACGCCGCAGCUUCCGUACAUUACGAAGAAUAACCUCCGCCCGCGCGCCGUCCCCCUCGCACUCGGCGGCCGCGCCGGCCACGCUGAGCGAGACGGUGGCCCGCGCCGCCCCGCCGCACUACGCCCCGCCCACCCUCACCCUCGCGCACGAAGCGCACUCCUCCAACUCGCUCUCCCUAACCAGAGAUUAUCUCCGACGGUCCUUCGUACGGAAAAGUGAUUCGGCCAAAAGCAUACGAUCAAGUCUUAGAAGGAGUUUUAAAUAUGGCGGGGGGUUAACCACGAGUCAUGAGCAUUUGGUGAGAGAUGCGGAGCCGAUCUCCAAUACUGUGGCUAUGUCAGCCAUGUUGGAGACAGACGAUCCGCCCAAUGUUACGCGCAGUUUAGCCUCUGUCAUAUAAGAAUACACGUGUGUCUAUGUAUGUUAAAAUGGCUCAUAAGUGAUAAUACAAUUUAUGGCGAAAUCUACGACUCAUGAGGAUUCAGGUGAGAGACCGGAGUUCAAACGAUCUAUGAUUUAAGAAACAGUUGUUUUUUCCUUUUAUUUUCAACUUUUUAUUGACCAAGUAAACUUGACACGCAAAACGAGCUUUUGUUAAGUUAAGAGCCAGGAAACAUUUUAUCUUAUCAAAUAAUGGCUAGUGUCGGACUCAAAAUAUUCAUUUACAAAUGUGUUUUAAUUUCAAAUGAGGUAUUAUUUUCAAAGUUAAAUUUGCUUCAAGCGAACUUCACAUAUAUCAAAGAGAAUUUGAAAUAGAGGUGUAUUGUGAAAGAAAACUUUGUAGCCACAGUAAAUUUACUGCCAUCUUUCGACAUAUGAUUAAAAGCUUUAAAACGCCAUUUGACUUUGAUCCUUAUUUUCUCACUGAUAUGUGUUAAAUUUGUUAAAUAUCAAAAACAAGGCGCUAUCUAAUAGAUCAAAGGCCGAAGGUAUGGCGACAUCGUUUCGAGCGAUGGCGCCACAACAUUUGACCUACGCCCGGUAAGAUGGCGCCAAUUUAAGAUAUUUAACAAAUUUAACACAUAUCACUGAUAGAAUAAGGAUCAAAGUCAAAUGGCGUUCUAAAAGUUUUAAUCAUGUAUCGAAAGAUGGCAGUAAUUUUACUGUGGCUACAAAAUUUUCUUUAACAAUCCACCCCUAUUUCAAAUUCUCCUUGCAAAUAUUUAGUAAUAUGGCAAUGAUGUAGGGUUGACGUCAGAGAUACAUUCAUAUUUUGCAGUAAAGGUCAUAAAUAUAUACACACUUUUUACCUGAUUUCAGUGAAUUAAGGUUGACAAUAAAAUUGUAUAUAUAUUUGUGACUUGACUACAUUUAAAUAAGGAUAAGACUGAGUGGUCAGGUCAGGACCAAGAUUUGAAUGUUUGUUAGAUAGGUGCCUAGUAUCGAUAGACUGCCCAGUGUAUUAGUUUGGAUUUUCGAAUGUAAUAGGUCUAAAGAGGCAUUAGAAUAAACUAAAGCUUAUGAAAUGUAUAACGAGUGAAUAGAUUUGAUUGUAAGAUCUGAAAUGAUAGAAUCUUUGCUAAUCGAAUUCUAAAUGAUAAGUUAUGAUGAAUUGAACAGUAUUGUUUGCAUUAAGUUUAGUUGUCCUGACUGUAUGAUUAGUGACAAGGUUUUAGUGUCAAUGAUAUAGUGUCAAAAUAUGGUAAGAUUGAUUUUGAUUGUUUUAAAGGUAUCCAUUUUACAUUGUAUAUUUCUCGUAGUCGAAUUGUAAGAAUCCGCCUUUUUAUACGAACCGUAAAACCACCCAACUAUAGUCCAAAGCUCCUGACUAUGGUCCACAAAUAAACUCAAUUUUUCUCGUUCAGGUGUGUAUUUUACUAUAUUUUUGUAGUUCUAAGGCAAAGUAUGUUUAUAAAUGGAAGGUAAAACUAGGAGUAAACCAAAAGGAACAUUGGUAUAGAUACUUAAUUUCCUUUUGAACUUGUGGACCAUAGUUGCAGUAUUGGACUAUAGUUGGGUAGUUUUACGGAAGUCAUUUUAAAAUUGUUGUUAACAUUUUCACGUUGUUGUUGUAAGUCCGCAUUUUGUUAUAGUACAUUAUUGUCGAGGCUCGGAAGUAGUUACUUGCUGCCUGAUGAUUCGUUUUAAUCGGACGACCUUUGACCGACGAGCUCUGCGAAAGAGCCGCAGCUGCUGGGUGGCUGUUUAACGGUUCACGUUUGUAAAACUCCGAAUCUUACAAUUUGACUGCGACAUACUAAUUAUUUAAUUUACACAUUCAUCACUUUCAUUUCAAACACAUUUUAUUUAAAGCGUAUACUUUUAUAUACAUAUUUAAAAAGACAAUGUUAUGUUAAUGUAUUAUUGUGGUCUUAUCGUGGGCGAGUGACCGAUCGAAUAUUAAAAGUAUACGCUUUUGUAUUUUGAGCCAUGUUAAUAGUUUUACAAUUAAAUAUACUUCGAUAGCUUAAGACUGUAUACUUAAUGAACUUGAUAAUAAAUUCAGAGCUUAGUAACGAUGUUUUAAGACUUGAAAUUGUUAAGAAAACUUGUAGCAGUUAUUUUAGUGUAGUUUUUGUACUAGCAAAUGUGUUCUCUGUAGGUUAAGUUGUUGAGUGCAUGUUUAUUGUAUUGAAUAAGAUUUUUAUAAAUGUUUUUGGGUGUGUGAAGUUUCUGUAGGCGUUGAUACGGUCGAGUUUUUGGUACUUACACGUAGUAAAGACACUGCGUUGUAACAUCCAAUGUUGCAAGGAGUUACAUGGGAUAUAUAUGUAGCAAGCAUCACAAUUUAUCGACCGGAGUUGUUAUUUGUUACAUAACUUUUUGAUGUUAAACACCAAAUAGUCUUAAUACUCAGCUGAAUAUUUUGACUUUUACUCAUUCCGCACGAUUUGAAAGUUAUGUAGCAAUGCCUAGGUGAUUUAUAUAAGUACAAUGGAUCUACAGUUAGUGGGUUUUUAGUUUUAUUUUAGAUAAGUUUAGCUUCGCGGCAGUUCCUUUUUGCAUUUAACAGUGCUCGUUUAAAUUAUUCUCUUGGAAAAUAUUCUUAGUUCUAGUCACUAACAUGCUUCCUUAUUUUUACAAGUUUUAGAAAACAUCACAUGGAGCCUUUAGCACUUUUUUUCCUUUUACAUUCCUUUGUUGCAAUAUGUAUUUACAAAUAAACAAAAUAUUAAUAAGUAGAACAAUAAGAAUAAUAAAAGUUUUUACAACAAA